AUAUAAUGGCCUCGACCGUGUCGUCUCCGCCUCAACCGAGUAAGCGUUUAGCUUGCACACGAUGUCACCAACAGAAACUGCGUUGCCAUCGGAAUCCACUCCCUGGACGACCAUGCGCUCGUUGUGCGAAUGCAGGAACAGAAUGCAGAUUCGAGCCUCCCUUACGCCCGGGUAGACCUAGUUCGCGAGCUAAAAGUCAGAGUCAGCAAUCAUCUGCCAAAGACACAGCAAAUGCAAUUGCAAUCAACCACAAACUAACAUAUGGUUCGGGCCGUCAAAGCUCUUCUGAGGAGCGACAGGACGUGGUAAUGGGCACUGAAGGCUUGGAGAAUUCAACCAGAUGUGAUAACCCGGAAACGGGAGGUCAGUGUUCGCGUUUGCAAUAAUUUCACCUCAGGCCCUCUUUCUUUAACACAAUCCUGAGGCCAGCAGCCAUCGAUCCCAUGUCUCUAUUGUACGGCUCCCCAGAUGUCGCGACCGAUCCAGCUCUACUCUUUGACGACUUACCUACAAAUCACGACUGGAUGCAACUCCCCAUCUCAGAGCCAAGUGUUCACCAAGCCCAAGCACAUCCUACGCCUCCUUCGUCCGGCCCUGCAAGGACAUCCACGUCUCCGCCUCAGUCCGCUACAGCCGUGCCUGACGGCGCAGUAUAUCGUCUAGUGGAGCUCACCAGGACACUCCAUGAGUGCUAUUCAGCUCUGCCACAACAGUCACCAGAUGCUGCGGGGGCUGCCGAGAGUACAUAUACAGAGCAAGGACGAGACCCGACGCUAGUUGAUCUGACACCUCGAAUCGACAAAAUCCUUUCCCUAACCCAGUCAUUAACCGAAAUUCUCAGCAGCAUGCUCAAUUACCGCCCCUAUACCAGCGCCAACUGCAACCAAAACACUAAACUCGGGGAUUCAUCGACGCUACAUUCUUCAAAGCCAGACACGCCAGCCAUCCUCAUGACCCUCGCUUGUUAUCUCCAACUUCUGCAGAUCUACAGCUCGCUCUUCAAGUCCGCCAAAACGUCAAAGGCCUUUCAACCUCCUUCAAGUAACCGGUCGCCGGCAAUAUGUCCUGAGCCAAUUCAGAACACGCUUCACUUCCAGAUCGGAUGUUUCUCCGCAUCCGGUGCACCAUCAACGUCUCUUUUAGCUUGUCUGAGCGCCCAUCUGCUGGAAAAUCUCGAAACGGCCCUCGGCAGCCUGGCAUCUUAUGCAGCACAAUCUUCAGAGGUCCGAGCGCCGCAAUGGGAGACGGAGAGUGGUCCGGCAGCGAGUGUCGCCAUUCUUGCAAAGACAGCUGUUUCAGAGGCACGAUCAGUGCAGGUAGACCUACGACAGCAGUUGCAGGCUGCGAGUAGUGCGGGCCUGUUUUCACCUCCCGUUCCUCGUUGGGGGUGAGGCAAGCAUCAAAAUGUUAUGGUGAAGCGGCAAGGUACGGGCUGGGCUUGAGCUUGGUGUAUAACUAUUGUUAUUUCCAUAGGAGAUCUUGUGCCAGGCACACACAUGAAGAUAGAGAUAGACCGGGGUCCGCCCAGGGCCGUCCGCAGUUUGGGCAAUCACCCGUGCAAACCUGUUGAUAAGCUUUGUCCAUGCCCUGUAACGUAGUCAGUCAUUGGCGCAGUUGUUUAUUAGCUCAUCAAUGCAAUCCAGAGACUGACUGAGCAGUGCAUGCUUCUCUUUCUUUUUGUUCGGCACGCAGCGGUGGGCCGCCAAUUUGCGGACUAGGUUUAUAAGGUGGAAACCCUUAUUCUUGCUUUCUCCCUCCCCACAAAUUUCUUGUCUAUGGUUCCCUCUACUCUAUGCUUGAAGUUCUCGUCGAUAGCUGCCUGGACAGUCGAAUAGCAUCCCG